CCCCUGUCAAUUGUAUAAGAGAAGCCUGACGAAGAACAAGUGGAUUCGAAUCUGAAGUCCGGUGUGGGAGUGUAUCGAACUCAAGGUCCUAGAAUCGAGGGCUCAUAAGGAAUCUGCAUCGGAAAUGGCAUGGCAGUACUGGGCUUUUUUUCCAGCGUGCUCAUAUUCUGGGCAGUCUUGCGGCUUCUCCUUUUGCGAUACUAUCCGACUGCCGGUGGCAAGUCUGUAAGCCCUAAACUGCAGCGACGCAGAGGGACCAACAGUAGCUUUUUGCCCACACCUAGCGGAGUGGCCGCGUCUUCGUCCUAUCGAAAUGCAGCGCAGAUCAUCAGCAACGUGACGCAUUCCUUCGGGCAGAUUCACUAUGAAACCACUCGCUUGAACCGUGCGUUCGAAACGAUUGCGGAACGGUGGCCUAGCUUUUGGAGGAGAUGGUUUGCCGUUGGGACGAUCGUGGGUACAUUGUGUAUGGCUGUUGCGCUAGCGACACUCCUGUACGGAAGUAGCUCCGCGCUCUGGAGGAUUAUUCGCUUUGCAUCCGGUCAGGGCAGAGAAUCGCGGAAUGGGGCGAUGGAAGUCGAUUUCCGAUCGAAUGCCACAAUGAUCUAUUCUGCCGGUGGGACAUUGGGAAGCAACGUAGCCGGGCCAGGCCUUGUUUCACUGAUCCCUGGCGUAAACCUCCCCAUCUCGUCCCUACCAUUUUAUUUUGGAGCUCUACUCUUUGCCGGCGUAACGCACGAGCUUGGGCACGGAAUAGCAGCAAUAAUAUACAAGACACCAGUGCAGUCUUCUGGCUUGUUCCUUGCAGCGAUAUACCCGGGCGCAUUCGUCUCGCUGCAUGAGCCAAGCCUUUCCCUCCUUGCCCCGCUUCAGAAACUGAACAUCAUUUGCGCCGGCGUCUUCCACAAUGUGGUACUGGGUAUCGCCGCUGUGGUAGGAUUAUAUACCUUGGCUGCUGUCCUCUCACCAGCAUACAUGACCGUGAACGAAGGUGUCGUCGUAUUGAACGUCAUGUCGGAGUCCCCGUUUGUGGGCCACCUUGCUCCUGGUGCAAUGGUUUUCGCGCUGAAUGAGGAGCAGAUCAUGGACGGUAUAAAUGGAUGGGAGAGCACCCUUUGGAAUGAAGCUGUGCAACCGCGGAUUGAGACCAAGGGUUGGUGUGUCUCAGAGAAGAUCCGAAGUGCAAAACCUCUGGAAUGCUGCAGAGUCUCGAUCCAGCAGCCCCUUGGUCCCCCGGACGUGAAAGAUCAAUGCUUCCGAUUGAUAUCAUCUCCAAACAGUACCGAAGCCGUCUCUCAGAAUCUCACAGCGGCGCCAGAUGCCAACCAGCUUUCAUGCCUACCGCUGCAUUCUGUCAUCGAAAAGUCACUUCCUUGCAGCGGUAGCCAAGACUGUGCACCAGGACCCGACAACGACACGCAUGGAAAAUGUAUCACGCCGUAUGUCCCACAUCCGUCUAUCAAAGUUCUUCAACUACGCAUACGUAAAGACAGGAGCGACCCUGCAUCCACCCGCACGGUCACGUUCCUUGGCGAUCCGCAGGAAGUGUGGGAAGGCGUCAAAAUCGGCGUUCUAGUACCCCGUGCGUGGAUCUUCCCUCUCAGCGGCCCGUACAUGAUAGAGCAAUUCCUCCAAUUCACGAUAUCCCUCACGUCGGCCCUCGCAGUCUUCAACAUGGUCCCCGCGUUCCAGCUUGAUGGAUAUCACGCGCUCCUAGCCAUGACGGACUACGUGUUCGGGUCGUCCUUCCAGCCCACGUCCCUCGCUUCCCAAUCGCUCAAGAAUCGCAUCGUUUGGUGGACGGAUCGCGUCUCGCGAAUUGCACUCGGUAUCGUGAUGGUGAAUGGGGUGGCUAGUGCUUUGUUGGCCGCAGGCGGGUGAAGGAUAGGUAUCUCGCAUUUAUGUACAUAUCCAUCGCAUUCACAGUUGAGAAACAUCUGCAGCGCUAGUCCAGACCAGUGUGUAGGCUUUGUGUGCGGCUCCAGAGACUUUGGCGUGGCUAUGUAUCCCCAUCGAUCAACUUCUCAAGCAGAGAAAUGGCUUAAUGACA